ACCGCUUAGAAGAAGAAACCGAAGAAGAAGAAGUCUUUGUUUACACGCUUGCUGUACCAUCUGAGAGCAAUUUUUCUUUUCGAUAAAUAAUUUUAGAUACACUACCUGUUACUUUAUAGACAUUCUACAGGACACCGAAGAUUUAAGGGGCGGAGGACAUGGAAAAUCCAUUAUGGCAUCUGUCUCUAAAGCUGCACGACAGGCCAAAGUCAGUGUUGCCUUUUCCAGAGGAUGUUGAACCUGGAAGCUACAUGGUGUCCACCAUCAAACAGCUGGUUUCAGCUCAGUUACCAGAUUCACUGCCAGAUCCGGAGCUCAUAGAGCUGGUGCACUGUGGGUGCAGACUAAAAGAUGACUUAACAUUAGAUUCCUAUGGGAUAAAAUCAGGAUCCACGUUACACAUCUUAAAGAAAGUGUGGCCUGAACCUGAGGUCAAGCCUGAACCAGUGAACAGAAGUGCUGCAGCGAGAGAGUUUAGACUACUUCAGGCUGCCAUGCACUCCAAUGCUGCAUACAGAGAUGCAGUGUUUAAGCUGCUAAGCAAUAAGGAGUCUCUGGAUCAGAUUAUAGUGGCUUCCCCUGGGCUCAGCUCAGACCCUAUAGCACUAGGUGUAUUACAAGAUAAGGAUCUGUUUGUGCAGUUUACAGACCCCAAUCUGCUUGAUGUCUUGGUCCGUUCUCAUCCAGCGCUGGUUAACGCCAUCAUUCUGAUCCUCCACUCGGUGACAAGCAGCAUGCCCGGCCAAUCAAAUGCAAGCUCCUCCCACAACGCUCCUGCUAGUUCAUACAGUGAAAUGCCAGGAGGAUUUCUGUUUGAGGGCAUGUCUGACGAUGAAGAUGAUUUCCAGUCUGGAAGUCGCGCAGGCUCGUCCCAGCGCCCGAGACCUCCGACCAACCUGAGCAGCGGCGGAGCUACAGGGCCUCGACCUAUCACUCAGACUGAGCUAGCUACAGCACUAGCUCUGGCUAAUACACCAGAAAGCAGUGCGGUCACACCCAUUCUGGGCAGCCAAGACAUGUCCUCUGGAGGAUCUUCAGCAGCAGCAGCAGGGACUCCUUUGACUAGCAGUGUGCUGAGUCGGGCACUGCAGCAGGCUCUGGAGGCUUCCGGAGUGACACCUCUGCAGGGCCGUUGGCAGACACAGAUGCAGCAGCUGAGAGACAUGGGCAUCAGAGAUGAAGAGCUGGCAUUACGAGCCCUCCAGGCUACAGACGGAGACCUGCAAGCAGCACUCGAGCUCAUUUUUGCUGGAGGAGGAGGACUCUGAGACUCUGAGGAAAUUUUGUAAAAACUGAAAAACUUCACCUGUGUACUUUUUUAUGUUUUGCAGAUUGUUAAUAAAUAAAUUGAAUAAAGGA